AUGGAAGACCAAACAUUAAGUUACUUAGGAUCAACAAUUAACCAAGACCAGUCAGGAGAUUUCUUUGAUUCCCCUUCUGAAGAUAAAGGCAACGAGCUUUUAAUUAUGACGAUUGAUAUCGGUGAUGGGAGAACAGAUGAGCUAACGGUCUAUGAAAAUGAUAAACCAGAAUGAAUAGCUGAGCAGUUUUGUUUAAGACAUAAUAUGAGCAGUGACGUUAAAGAAUUGCUUAUCCAGCAGAUCAAGAUGAAUAUUGAAAUCAUUUAUCAAGAGCAAGCUCAAUCAAUGACAUUUAAUAAAGAAAAUGAUUUUAUAAAUAAUGAGCCAGAAUUCAUGCAAAAUGAUAGGAGCUUGACACCAAUUGAAAAAAGUUAUAGCCCAGAAUCAAAUGAGUAUUUAAGAAAAUUUUCUGAUGAAAAUUCAUUUGAAAGACCGAAUUCUUCGAAAAUAUCUCAAAAACCUUUGGAAUUUUCGCAAAUCACCACAAAUCAAUCACAACUAUUAAAUAACAGCGGAGAAAAACUUUACUAUAAAGGUCUUCUGCUCAAAGAGCAAACUGAAAAAAAAAUCCAGACCAUAAAAAAACAGAAAAAUGAAGAAAUGAUGAAAGAAUUGACAUUUCACCCAAAAACCAAUACCAAAAGCCCACAGAGACGAAUGCCUGAAAUUGAUCUGCUUAAGAAAGGAAAAGAAAAAAAUGAGCAUAUUGAGAAGAAAAGAGGUGAAUUUCUAGCUGAAGAAAUGAGCCAUUGCACAUUUUCUCCAAGUGUUGAUAAAAGAAGCUCAUCAUUGGUGAAAAAUAAAAAAAGAAACGAAUCCCCUGACAGAUGUGUUGCGUUAUAUGAAAACGCAAAGGUUAUUGAAGAUAAAAAAGCUAUAUUGUAUCAAAGAAUACAGCAGCAAGAUUGUCCUUUUAAUCCAGACACAAGUUUGACUAAUAAGAUGAAUAAGCAGCUUAUUCGAAGUGUGCCAGAAAGAUUGGCAUAUUCAAGGAGAACUAUUGAAGAAUAUAUUAUGAAAACUAAGUAUAUUGAUAUAAAAGAUUUUUAAUUAUAAAAUAAAGACAUUUAUAGGCUGCUGAAUUGCUGAUAGACAAAACUCUCGUUGCAUUUUAUGAUUAUCAUGAGGCUUGGUUUUAUAUUGGGAAUUCUGUUACAGUAAAGCCUGGAAAACAAUUUGCGUCUGCUCUCUGACUAGACCCAAGAAAAAUUGAAAGGCAUAUUGCUUUAUCCCAGUUACAUCCUCCGGUAGCAGAGGAGCCUUUAUUCGUAGCACAGCGUCAAGGAAGACAGAAAUCGCUCAUUCUUGAGUUGUCUAAGUCGACAACACUGCCUCUAAAGCGUGGCUGGAGAAUAAAUGCAGGUCAGCCCAUUAGCCGGCGGGCCUGACCGUGUUAAAAUAGUAGAAGCUCUGAUGUUGCAACCACGUAGUGGAUGCUAAGUGGGACUUAUAGCGUGUAAACCCUUUAAUUAAGCUCUGAUAUCAAAGAUUUCAGUACAGGCCAGCAGUUAUUUCACCCUAAAACAGGGCGAUCUCCAGCAAAAAGGGAUGCAAACCCUUCAAAUAUUGGUGAGCAUUUAUAUUCCAUUUCAAAAAAAUCUCCAACCAAAGACCGUAUUCAAUCUCAAUCCCCAACGCGCCAUACAAAUCAAACUUCUUAUAAAAUUAUUGAAAGAAUAAAAUUUCAGCGUUAUAAAGAACUAUUCGAUAUGAUGAACCCACAGGAUGGAAAAAUCAGUAAAGAAACAAUAGAAAGUGGAUAUAUUCCUAGGAAUAUUAAAGACAUUAUUGAUCCUCUUAUAAAUGAGCUAGGGGAUUUAAAUGAAACACUAACAUAUGAAGAAUUUUUUGAAGCAAUGGAAUUAUUAAUGAAAGAGCUUAACCCAACAGAAAAAAGCGUGCUUUUAAAUACAAAAAAGUCGAGUCAUCAAGAAGAGUCAAAAUAUACGAAAAAAUAAAAAAAAAUUUUAGAAUGAUUAAUUAAAGAUAAAUAUGUGUAAAUUACCUUAUCCAAAUAUAUACGUUUAGGCCAUCCAUCAAUAAUUCAUUUUCCAAAGAGUCUUCGAAAGAAUCAUCUAGAGAAUCAAUUUAUGAAAGAAACAUGAAACGAAUGAUGGAAAUCCAAGAAAAGGUAAAAACAGUAAGAACACACCGAGAAAUCGCUGAAAUGGAUGAAUGUACAUUUAAACCAAAAUUAAAUAAAGGUAACUUGACAAAAGACAGUUUGAAUUUCAGCAAUACAGACUUAGUUUUGAAAGACAUAAUUUAA